AUGACAGAGCAGCCAAAGAAGGAAAUACCAAUUAAGAUGCCCGUAAAUGACAAGCCCUUGGCAACUAUCAUAGAAGAAAGAUGGUAUUCUGUUGAAAAAAAUGGUAGACCAACUCUGGAACUAACUAGAACACAAAAGAGGAGAGUUCAGAGGCAAUACUGCACCUUCCUCAAAAGCAAGGACAACACACAGUCACAGGGACAAUCCGGACCUAUUCCAAUAGAAGGACGAGAAGACUGGACUGAAGAAUAUGGACAAGAACAGAUGGAAUACGAUGGAGAACUGGAUGAGGAGACUGAGGCAUUCGGUGUAGAGUUAGAAUGCCUAUUACAAGGUGAUCUAGGCAUUAACAUGGUCUUUAUCGUAUCAGAAAAGUUCAGAGCAGCAGAAGGACAAGAAAACACUUUGGAAGGAGAUGUGCUCUCCCAAGAAGCUUUUGAGUGCAAAUUGGCAGAAGUAGAAGAGGCUUUAGAACAGCAAACACCUACUACUAAAACAGGCAGAACUGCCAUGAAAUUGGCUACGGAACAACUCUAUUUCUCCAAACCCACAAAGGAAAUAGUCAAUCACCUCAGGCCUUUGUUCAUAACAGCAAACUUUGGGGGUGUUCUUAUUCCCAACGUGAUGGUAGAUGGAGGUGCACCAAUUAAUCUUCUGCCUCACAGAUUGCUGAUCAAGAUGGGCAGAAUAGAAAACGAUUUAAUUCCAACACGCUUGAUAGUCACCAAUUUUGAUGGGGGCAUCACUAAGACUCUUACAAUGCACUGCUUGGCAGGGACUGGAUCUACCAGAGUCUAUGUGUUCCUUUCACUCUGCACCAGCAGUUAG